AUGCUCGAGUAUGCAUACGUCAACGAGGUCUACGGGCAAUCUUUCGUCAAGGGUCAUAACAAGGAUCACGGGCUGCGGCACAAGACCGCCCGGAAGUCUGGCGAGAAGGAACAAGACGACUUCAGCAGGAAGCGCAACUUUGACAUGUCCGUGACGGGAGAUGGCCCCGAUUCGAAGGUUCCCAUAGCAGCGACGCCCGACGCCCGAGGACCGUCGCCGGUCCUCUCGCCCUAUCCGGGGUCUGAGGCCUCCAUCUACGAUGAGACCACGCGGCUCAUACCUCCCAUGUACGAGGUGGCGCCGCCAGUGGCGGUGAAGGGCCCGCAGCUGCCAGCGCAACAGAUGGAUUUGGAGCCGUUAGCACUGAAGCAAGGGUUCGGGGUAGGCGCGGAGCAUGAUUGUCCUGCAGAGAAAAGUGGAUGCGUUUGA